GUGUAUUUGUCCAACGGUGUCUGAUACUGUGUAAUGAUAAAUUGAUUAUGUGAAUAUUAGCAGUUCAGUUUGUACGAAAGAGGAAAAGAGUGAAAUUUAUAGAGUGAUUGAUUAAUCAUGGCAAGGGAAGGAGACAGGUAUCGAAAUUUAUCCGCGAGACUUUUGGUCGAGGAUGCUACAUUAGUUGUACUGAACGUACCGAGCGGUACAGAAUUUGGAAUCGAUUUAAAAUCGUGGAAUACAGAUCAUAAUUUUAAAGGCAUAAAAAUGAUUCCACCAGGAUUUCAUUAUGUCCAUUACAGUGCUGUAAAUGAAUUUGGAGAAACAGCACCCAAAAUUGGUUUUCUUCAUACAUUUAAGAAAUCUGAAUUUUUAGUCAGACGUUGGGAUACAAAAGAGGAAGACCUCAGUUCAGAAGUUGUACCAGAGGAAUUAGUUCAAAAGCUAAAAGAUAAUUUGAAAGAAUUAAAUAGGUAUCUGGGUUCUUAUCCUUUUGAUAUAUGGACCCAAUGGAAAGAAUUAACAAAUCAUGUUAGUCCUUCGCUAAUUGAACGUUGUUCACCCAUAUGUGGUUUUGUACGGUCAGCAUUAGAAUUAGAGCCUUGUAGCGAUGCUAUGAGACCAAGAGGUGGAGUGUCAUACCCAAAAAAAAGAAGAAGUGCAAUCACUACAGAAGCAAAAGAGGAAGAACUACUUCCUGAUUUGAAACCUAGACCUGGUACAGAGUUGAGACUGUCCAAAUUGCCUGAUAAAAAUUAUCCAGACGGUGCAUCUCCUACUGAAAUUACAAGGCAUUCCCUUGAUUCCAGUUAUGCAUUAAAUACUCUUAUCAAUACAUUAACAAAACCUAUGGAGAUCAUUGGUGAAUUGCAAUUGGUAUUUGUUUGUUUUCUGGUUGGUCAAAAUCUCGAUGCUUUUGAACACUGGAAAAAGCAAAUAUAUCUUAUUUGCGGUGCCGAUUCCGCGAUAUCGGAGCGUCGCGAUAUUUAUUUCGAAUUUAUGAAAGCAAUAGAAAUUCAGUUAACGCACGUGCCCGAAGAUAUGCUUUGCGAUAUUGUGGUUAAUAAUAAUUUUGUUUACUACAAUCUACGCAUACUGUUUGCAAACAUCGAGAUCAAUUCCGAAGUGGAUGGGCAUUUAAAGUCUUACGCCUCGCGAUUCUGCGAACGGCUAACUAGGAAGUUCUCGUGGGAUUUUUGUAAUUUACAGGAUGAAAAUGAAGAUGAAGCGCCCGUGGUAGUUUCCUUGGAAUAAAAAUCCGUGUACGUUUGUAACAUGAAUGAAGGUAUUACCAAGAAUUAUAUAAAACAGCACAUACUCAUUCUCUGUAAAUAUUUAUUAAAGUGUACAUAGGAUACUACAUUAGAAAUUAUAAUCCGUAUUUUCACAUGUAUUUUUUAAUAAGACGCGUAGAAUAUUAAAAUGUAUGUCAGAGUACAAAGUUUAAUAUACGAAUAAAUCAGUCCAUUAUUUUGAAUUGCGCUUCUAUGGACGCAGGCUGAUGACGAAUAUUUCUUAAUGAUUUUAAACAGAUGUAAAACCAACAAUU